AACAGAGCAUAUAUACCAAACUUGGUCUUCGUCUUUGUCUUCUUCUUCUUCAUCAUCCCUUUUUUAUCUUCUCCUUCCUCUUUACAUCUCUCUCCAUCGUAACCAGAUCGUUACACUACUCCGGUGAUCGCCGGAAUAAAUUAACAAUCUUUUUCCAGAUUUCGAUUUAUUCGUUAGAUGGCAACGUUUCACAGUUUCCGUAAAGCCGUCGGAGCAAUCAAAGAUUCCACCACCGUAAGCAUCGCCAAGGUCAACAGCGAAUUCAAGGAUUUGGAUGUUGCGAUCGUCAAGGCCACAAAUCACGUAGAAUCUGCUCCUAAAGAACGUCAUAUGCGUAAAAUAUUCUCGGCUACAUCUGUAGUACAACCACGAGCAGAUGUUGCUUACUGCAUUCACGCAUUAGCCAAGAGAUUGUCAAAAACUCGCAAUUGGGUUGUUGCGAUCAAGGUGUUACUAGUCAUUCAUAGAACAUUAAGAGAAGGUGAUCCAACAUUCAGAGAAGAGCUUCUCAAUUACUCUCGCAGAGGACAUAUGCUUCGUAUAUCCAACUUUAAAGACGACACAAGUCCUCUUGCUUGGGAUUGUUCUGCAUGGAUUAGGACAUACGCGCUUUUCCUCGAAGAGCGGCUUGAAUGCUAUCGGGGUUUGAAGUAUGACAUAGAAGCAGAACGUUUACCAAAAGGCUCAGGUGCAUCUUCCAAGAACGUAGAUUCCAAUGCUUCUCAAACGUACAGAACAAGGAUGUUGUCUGAUGAAGAACUGCUAGAGCAGUUACCUGCUUUGCAACAGCUGCUUUACAGGCUUAUUGGUUGUCAGCCUGAAGGAACAGCCUAUAGCAACUAUCUAAUCCAAUACGCUCUUGCAUUGGUGCUUAAAGAAAGCUUCAAAAUAUACUGUGCUAUUAAUGAUGGAAUCAUUAAUCUUGUCGACAUGUUCUUUGAGAUGUCAAGACAUGAUGCAGUGAAAGCUCUAAAUAUAUACAAACGAGCUGGAGAACAGGCUGCAAAACUGGCUGAUUUUUAUGAGUACUGCAAAGGUCUAGAGCUCGCUAGGAACUUUCAGUUCCCAACCUUAAGACAGCCUCCUCCUUCAUUUCUUGUAACAAUGGAAGAUUAUAUUAAAGAAGCGCCUCAAAGUGGUUCUGUUCAGAAAAAGCUGGAGUAUCAGGAAAAAGAGGAGGAAGAACUACAAGAAGAAGAAGAAGAAGAAGAAGAACAAUGUGGGCAGCCUGAAGAACCUGCAGAAGCCGAAAAUGAAAACACCGAAGGAGAACAACCUCUUAUCCAAGAAGAAGAAGAAGAGGAAAAAAUAGAAGAGGAAGAAGCUAAACCUUCAUUUUUGAUAGACACUGAUGAUCUGCUGGGCUUGAGUGAGAUAAACCCAAAAGCAACAGAGAUAGAGGACCGCAAUGCGUUGGCUCUUGCAAUAUAUCCACCAGGUCAAGAAGCUCCAGGCCCAUCAAACAGUUUAAGUUUAAUAGAAACUGGUGGAUCCGGUUGGGAACUGGCACUAGUCACUCCUCAAAACAACAACAACAACAAUAACAAUCCUCGCCCCACGCCUAACACAAAACUUGCAGGAGGAUUCGACAAUCUAUUACUUGACAGUCUGUACGAGGAUGACUCAGCUAGGAGACAGAUCCAACUAACCAAUGCCGGGUAUGGACAUGGUGGCACAGAGACAGCAGCAGCAGCACCACCAAACCCAUUCGAGAUGCAACAAGAUCCUUUUGCAAUGUCCAACAACAUUGCUCCUCCCACUAACGUUCAAAUGGCAAUGCAGCAACAACAGCAACAACAGAUGAUGAUGAUGCAUCAGAGUCCCUAUAAUUACACUCAUCCUCAUGAUCAUCAUCAUCAUCAUCAGUUCUCAGCAGGUCCUUCUCCUUCUAAUCCUUUUGGAGACCCUUUCCUUGCCCUCCCUCCUCCACCAGGCUCAGCUGGUCCGCAGCAAAACAACCAUCAUCAUAUGCUCCUCUAGAGUUACAACAUCUCAGUUAAUAAUAUAUCUCUUUCUCAUUUUUUUUUUUUUUUUAGGGUGUAUUCUUUCUACUAGACACUCUAGUCACUGAUGAUCUCUUAGGCAUUUUAAUGUAUGUGUCAUUUGUCUCUGCCUAUUUUUUAAAAUCUUUCAGAACUUGUUUGCCUAUACUUUUUACCCUACAAAUUAUUUAUAUGCGUUGAGCUAGUUGUGCCA